AUGGUUCUGACGGAGUUGCUGAGGCUAAAAGAAUCCAAAUCACCAGGUCCCGAGGAGAUUCCGGCGAAGAUUUUGAAGGAACUCGCCGGUGAGUUGUCUAAGCCACUCUACAUGCUUUUCCAUACAUCCUUCGAGAACGGAUAUCUGCCACCCGACUGGAAGUCGGCGUGGAUUACGCCGCUGUACAAGGGCGGAAGUCGGGUCUCUGCGAACAGUUACAGACAGGUCAGCCUCACCUCCAUUUGCUGUAAGAUUAUGGAGAAGAUAAUAAAGCAACAACUGACGCAGUUCCUUGAACAAAACCAUUUGCUUUCCGAUUCUCAGCAUGGAUUUCGAAAAGGCAGAUCCUGUGUGACAAACCUGCUCUACUGUCUGGAACACUGGACUAGGACUGUUGAUAGAGGAGAUAUGGUGCAUGCCAUCUAUAUCGACUUUAAAAAGGCCGUCGAUAGUGUGCCUCACCACCGCCUUCUAUACAAACUUAGCCGUGCAGGAGUGCGAGGUAAGCUUCUGAUGUGGAUUCGGAGCUUUUUAAUCGGCCGCUCUCAAGCCGUCCACGUCGGUGACCAACAAUCUGCCGAGGUUGCCGUUAAGAGUGGUGUUCCAAAAGGCUCUGUUCUUGGUCCUACACUGUUCCUCGUAUACGUCAAUGACUGCGCAAACGAACUGAAUUGCGAUGUCGCAAUGUUUGCCGAUGACAUAAAGAUCUGGAGUAGCAUACGAAGCGAAGUUGACGAGGCGCGACUGCAGACAAAUCUGGACCACCUUGCUCAAUGGUCGAAAGACUGGCUUCUACCGUUCAACGUAAACAAGUGUACUUUCCUACGCGUCGGCAGAACCAGUUCCCCUAACCACACGGUCUACCGUCUGACUGGCAAACCCCUGCAAGAAGUCGACGCCCAGAAGGACUUGGGUGUAUGGAUUACAACCUCGCAUAGGACUUCACUAAAAUGUUCAAAGGUGGCCAAGUCGGCGAUGUCCAUUCUAUACCUCGUCAAACGGGCGUUCUCCUCCUUUGAUGAAGACUGCUUCGCCAAGGUCUUUCAAAUUUUUGUGCGACCGCAUCUGGAGUUUGCUAUCCAAGAAUGGCGACCCUGGACCGCUAAAGACUUGGGCAUACUCGAAAAAGUUCAACGGCGAGCAACGAAACUUGUAUCUGGGCAGUGGUCACUACCCUACGAAACACGAUUAGCUAAUCUUGACCUCGUUCCUUUGAGUUACAGACAGCUACGUGGGGACCUGAUACAAGCUUUCCGCAUCGUGCGCAAUCAGGGCUGCUGCCUCGCGUUUGGAGACUUCUUCGAGUUGGCGACUACGACUAACCUGAGAGGCCAUCCACUCAAACUGCGUGUGGCUGGUGCCCGGCAAGACACCCGAAAGUUCUUCUUCUCCAACAGAGUGGUUGCAGCUUGGAAUGCCUUGCCCGAGGAUGUUGUUAUGUCGGGCUCGGUAGAUACUUUUAAAUGGAGACUAGAUCAGCAUUGUAGCGCGCACCACAAUAACGCCGGACUGCGCCCACCUUGAGAGCCAACGCUGACAAUUUACUGUUAUAACGAUGCUACUACCGACGUUUAAGUAAUAUAUAUUUAUGUAAUUUAUUAAGCUUGGGCCACGUCGCAUACCGCUGUUCGCAUUCACCACGAUGCUUGUAGACUAAGCAAUUUUACUUCUUUUCCCGUGUCUUAAGUGUGCCUCAAGUGUCCGCUGUAUUUGAUCAACAAAGCAAGUUAAUGUGCCUCUAAACUCUGUUAACGCAUGGCUUUCUGUGUUCAUCUGUACAGUUUUUGCUAUUCCCCUCGCAUUUUUUUCAUGUUACUUCCUUUCCAUUUCCUCCAUAUAUAUCCUCUGCAUGUAACCAAUAGGGAUUUCAAAGGUACAUACCUACGUUCCCUGAAAUAUACUGAUACUGAUACUGACGUGUCUAACAAUUCUUUUCAGUUCGUUUUAGGUCAGGAUUUAUCCCCACUGAUUCACGUUAACCCGUAUGUGCUACCACCAGAUUCUUCUGCCGAUACACCACAACGGCGCGUAAAGGCUGAUUCCCAGUUCUUGAAAUUUAUUGUAUUUACCGGAACAUGGCAGUCAUGUCGAUGGUUCCCCGGUUUUUUCAGAGUAGUCAUCGACCCCCUGCAAAGAAUCUAGUUCCAGGUACAGGUAAAAGGGUUGAAUAAAAGUGAGCUAAAUAUAAAAAAGAAGGUGGCCAGUGUGACCGUUGCAAAUUUGCCACUUUUCUUUGUUUUACGACUUGUCUCAAAAUAUUGGUUUUAGGUUUGUGAGUUCUGUGAAAUUUAGCUUCUCCGAGGUUUCGGUCUAAAUGACCCUCUUGUAAACCGAAAGUCCUAUAAAUAGGAUUCGACUCAAAAUACGUUCACCCUCAGGAGGUUGCAGCGGAAAGCCCGCAGGAAGAACCAAUUUCUUCCUGACUGCAUCUUCGCAAUCAGCUCAGUGGACGGCUGAGUCGUUUGGAUAUUUGCUUCAUGCAGUUAACUUAAUUAAAUACUUCCACUUAUACCUUUCAAGGAGUUCCAAAAUUUCCCCGAAGUAGCAAUGCGAAUCGAAAAUAUACACUUAGGACACUGUGUAAAAAGUCUGCCCCACUGGGUUUCGGACCACGGCCCCGGGUGGCGAGACGAGCGAUGAUGCCCCACAUGACUGCUUCACAGCGGAGACUGAAAAAUAAAUGAGUAAGCACCGGGCGUCGUCAAAAAGAAUUCAGUGCUGGUUAUUCAGAAAUCAAACUAUGUAUCAAGCGGACGAAGAGCCUAAUGGUUUUGAUGAAUGUCAAGUACGAAAAGGAAACCUGUGCAGCAUACUUCAUAUCACACCGAAAAUUCUUGGAUAUGGAGAAGGGGAUAAAGGGGUUAAAAUUGGAGUGAAUAAUUUGAACAUUCAGAAGAGGAAACAUUGGUCACACCACAUAUUAAGAAGAGAAGAACAUCCACAAUCACCCACAGCGGCACCAAGUGUUGAAGAACAAGAUAACGCAUUUAACGAUUUCAAAGAAACCGACGAUCUCUUCCGACGAGAAGUAAGCACAACCAAAAGGGAUCACACAGCAAAAGAAUUACCACCAGAGUAUCUUAAGAAGACGAAUUAUGUUGAAAUGUUAGUAUAAUUGGAAUUCAGUUUGAACAAAAUACAAGACAAUAUCACACUGUCGAAGAAGGACACGCCGCUGGUUUUAAAAUGGAAGAGAAAUGGAAGAUAUCGUUUUAAGUGGUUUUUCUGAGAGAACUAACGAUUUUAGCCCCUGUUUUUUGAUUAAAUUUCCUUAAAUACAGGCCUAUGCACUCAGAGUUCUGUUAGUCUAUGCCUUUUGAUCCUCAGUCGCACUCUGCAAUUCCUAUUUUGUGCAUUCCAUUUCUCUCUAACUGUGUAAUUUAUUUUUACACCGUUAGCCUCUAGCUGAAAUUCAGUCAGCUGGUCUGUCAGAAGUUUUCUUAACUACAACUUGCCUCGGGACAAUAUGAGAGUAAAAGUCACAGGUCGGCGAAAGUUCUCGACUUCUGUACGCAGGCAUGGAUUAACCAAAUCUAAGUCAGAAGACUCAAAUAAAUCUAAUUCAGAAGGCUUACCUUAAUAUAAGUCAAAAGAUAUUACUAGUCAGUCGUCACCCGUUGUAACUGGUACACAGCCUAAUCUGUCUGCACUUGACAGCUGCAAGGAUCUUGUACUAAAGUUUGUCACUCUGCUCUCAAUUCUUGGAAAAUUAUUCGACGGGAACAUCUCCGAUAUUCCCUCUCAGGGAUGUAGGCCUCUUGAUUCACCUGUUCACCAGAUCACCAGUAAAUCUAGUGACAGACAAAGGCGUGCUUACAUCUUUUGUUUAAAAAUGUUCCUCGAUCUACUCGGCCAGUUGAUGUUUCGACUAAUUUCCCGUAUUCGUGUGAUUUCAACUACAAAAUAGCCGAUAUACAAUGCUUGUCCUCCCGUAGUCAAAAUUCACGCGUCUUAGUCAAAUUAUUUGUAUCAAUCGAGGUUGGCACAAUCUCUGCCCAUCGAGAUCGUGUCCUUGCAUACCUAGAAAAUGCAAAAUUUUACCUUUGUCAUGAUCUUACUCCCAUGGAGCGUAUGAUCGGGUCCCUCUCCUCACGUAAUGCCCACCAGUGAUGCGAAAUGUUCACAGCAGGUUGCACCUCAUUAGUUUGUAAGAUAGGAGGAACAAAUUGAGCAGGAUCAGUCUUUCAGCAUGUGACCGAGUCCCAAGACCGUCCACCAGAUCUUUCACCCUUCGUUGCUUCUGCUCGAUGGCAUUGCUGUCUUUCUUCGUUCAGGGCGUCCAUACUGGCAUUCCGUGUUUCACAUGCGGUUUGACGAACUUACCAAAUAUCUGAGCGAAGAGUUCGGAAGGGAAGGCUGCGAAAGCACGCCCAAUCCAGUGCAUGGUGCUGGUUGCGUUUCGGAUGACUAUUUUGCAGUGUUGGGAGGGCAGCAAUCUUGGACUUGUUCAGAUAUUCAGGUCUUUGUGCGCAUUCACUUCUUUUAAGGGAAUCCCACUUAUAGUUUACCGGUGUUUUGGGAAACGUCUUCGACCAGACUCCCAGCGCAAGACUGCACAUUGGGAUACAGUAAACGUCGGAAGCCACUUGCUGGACCUUGGAGCUAGAUUAUCAGCGUCUUCUUGCAGAUUCCGUGCGCCGUCAGCACAGCCGACUGUUUCGUAGAGUUUAAAUCAUCUACAAACAUGAUGGCAUCGCAGUCCAGAUCUGCAGUACAGUUGUCUAGAUAGAUGAGGAAGAGGAGGGUACCCAAGACUGAAUCCAGUGGAACUUCGCUUUCGACUGGUACUCGUUCGGAGGCAGUGUAAGCAACAAGCACUCUUUGCAACCUAUGCGACAGGAAACUAUUUACCCACCUAAAAUGUUGCCCUAAAUUCCACGUUGCCAAAUCCUCCGUAGCAGUCGUCCAUAAGGCACGUUAUCAAACGCCUUUCCGAAGUCUAAAGCAUGACACCAGCCAAACGGGCCUGAUCUGUGGUUUUUGUUUACUUUUCAUGUAGGCGAAGAGUAUUGGCAAGACAUGAGUGACUUCUAUGAAAUCCGUUCUGAGCACCACAUAUUAAGUUCAUCUGCUCCAGAGACGUCACUAAACACCCCUUAAUAAGUCGUUCCGUAGCCUUGCACACAAGGCAGGUUAAACUAAUAAGAAGGUAAUUUUAAGACUCCAGCCUGGACCCUCCUUUGUAGAUUGAGGAAAUAAAGGAAGUUUUACAUUCCACCGGCAGUUCGCCUUCUUCCAUGGGCUUUUGAAAUGUCAUAGACACCGGCUCGCACAGUAUGUCAGGCUAUCUUCGAAGGGUAAGUGGAUGAAUUCUAUCUGGGGAAGAGGAGGGGGACUAAAUUCUUGGGCGAAUGUGGACUGAGAGAAGCUGGAGAAGACUGAUGCUUCCAUUUGGUCAUCCGUCUCCAUUUCCCCGCUUUGGGACCUCAGCUCCGGAAUCGGGUCACGAUUUCUCUUGUCACUACGUAUGUAACCGUAUAGGGUCUUAGGAUGCUCCAAAGAGUUCUGCAAUAUACUUAGCCCAUAGUUCCUUCAAAGUCUAUUAGCCUCACUUUUAUACACAUCUAUCUGUCGUUCAUAUUCCUGCAAGUGUUCAGAACUCUCCGCUAGUCGAAACCGUCUUCACACUCUUUUUCUUCCUUUAAAGGCAAUUUGUAGUUCCUGUUUUAUCUACGGCGGACGGUUGUUGGUUUUUUCCUCCGAGUGAUCAGUUUAGAUCAAUGUUGCUUUUAACCAACGCUUCGGUUCGUUUUUAUUUAGCCUCAUGCGUGCUACUGAGCGGAAAAAGAUAGAAUCCGUUCAACACUUUUUUACCAAGAGAGUUUCAACCCCGGAACACCGGCAUUUGUCUUAUCAAGAACGUUACCGGCUUACAGGCCUUGAUACUUUAUGGUUCCGUAGAUUACAAAAGGGACAAUUUUUGCUAUUUAAGCUCUUAUAUAAUCACAAAUUUAACCCACUCACCUCUUUAAGACACCAUGUCCACCCACGACGUAACAGUCACCGUGAGGUCUUUUUAUCACUUCCUCUGGCACGUACUGUUAAAUAUCGUCGGUUCUUUUCUGUAAAUGCAAUUGCUAUUUGGAAUAAACUACCAGGAAUGUGAAAAAUCUGCAAAAUUAUCCUUUAUUUAAGAGAACUAUUACUAGAUUUUUUCAUUCAGAAAAGCUCCCACAAAUUUUGGGUGCUGAAUCCACUGAUCGACUGUACCGUAGCGAUGGAAUUUGUGGUCUCUGAACACUAUGGCCUGUCUCAUCAUGGACAAUUUCUUUAGCCAAAAGCGACAGCUUUUCCUCAACGCCUCUACUUUGACUAUCCCCAACUUCAUGAAAGGAAUUGACGUCCGAUAAUCUCCGAUACCGUGCAACCCCCUCCCCCCCUUCUUGACGGUCGAAAAUUAACCGCCAGCAGUUUUUUUCUCCUGAACCCUCCAAACCAUAAAAACCACUAUCAAGUAUAUUUUUAUUCCUUUACCUCAGGAUUUUUUCCCUGAUGGUCGGAUUUGUGCUUAACGCUUCCCUUAACAAUGCCUGUAAACUGGCAUUAAAUAAAAUUAUCAAACAUUAUCAAUCAAAAUUUAAAUAUGCUCCAGUAGUCGUCAACUGUUCCCUGUAAUGUGGUUGUCCACAGUGUUGUUGAGAUUUGCGUUCGAGUGCUGGAAAAAUACCCCUCCAGAUAUUUGUUCCCAAUGGUCCGGGUCAUUAGGGUAGGCAAUGAGCGUUGCAAUAUGAUCACUAGUACCAAUUGGCGAGAAACCUUAUAAAUCCAGCACACUCUCCUCAUCUCGAGUGAGCACCAGGUCGGGGAAAUUUGAAUGUCAAUUUCCCCUAACAAAUUUUCCGAGAGUUACAAUCUGAAAAAGUAAUUUUUACGCUCCCAAGGUCAAGCCGCUGGUUUUAAAUUUGAAGAUAAGUGGAGGAUAUUAUUGUAAGUGGUUUUUCUGUGAGACCUAACGAUUUUAGUACCUGUUUUUUGGUCGAAUUUCCUUAACUACAGGCCUCUUCUCUUAGAACUGCCUGCUGCCAUCUCCUUUUGAGUUCUGCUAGUCUAUUCCCGUUGUUCACUAAUCUCACUCUGCAAUCCUCAUUUUGUGCAUCCGAUUUCUCUCUAACUGUUGUAAUUUAUUUUUACAUCGUUAGCCCCUUGCUGAAAUUCAGUCAACUUGUCUGCCAGAAGUUUUCUUAAUCACAAAUUGCCCCGAGACAAGAUGAGACCAAAAGUCACUGGUCGACGUAAGCUCCCGGCUCUUGUAAGUAAGCAUGGCCUAACUAAACGUAAGUCAGAAGCUUUACCUAAAUCUAAGUCAGAUGAUAUUACUAGUCAGUCGUCACCCGUUGUAAUUGGUCGGCAGCUUAAUCUGUCUGCACUUGACCACUGCAAUGACUUUAUGCUAAAGUUUGGCUCUUUGCUGACUAUUCUUGGACAUUUAUUCGACGGGAACAUCUCCGAUAUUCCCUCUGAAGAAUGUAGGCGUCUCGACUCACUUGUUCACCUGAUUGCCAGUGAAUCUAGUGAUAGACAGAAGUGUUCUUACAAUUUCCUGCUAAAAAUGUUCUUCGAUCUGCUCGGCCAAUUGAUGUUGCGACCAAUUUCCUGUAUUCAUGUGGUUUCAACUACAAAAUAGCCGAUGCCAAACGCUUGUCCUCCCCUAGCAAAAAUCCACCCAUCUUAGUCAAAUUGUUUUCAUCAAUCGAGGUUGACACAAUCUUUGCCCAUCGAGAGCGUGUCACUGCGUACCUAGAGAAGGAAAAAUUUUUCCUUUGUCAUGAUCUUACUCCUAUGGAGCGUAGAAUCGGGUCUCUAUUCUCACGUAAACCCACUGCCUCUCAGUCUAAUGCUCCCCAACUCGGUCAUAAUACAAGUGGCCGUAAGGAUUCAGCUUCUCAUACUCCUGCGACAUCUGCCUCCCUCCUUCCUCUUUCUCCUACAUCUCCAUCUCACUCAAGCCACUUGACGCAUUUGCCUGCCCCUAAACUUGCAGCAGCAGCAGCAGCAGCAGCAGCAGCAGCAGCAGCAGCAGCAGCAGCAGCAGCAGCAGCAGCAGCAGCAGCAGCAGCAGCAGCAGCAGCAGCAGCAGCAGCAGCAGCAGCAGCAGUAG